GCUUCGGGUGGUGAAGAGGAGGACAACGAUGACGAUGAGGAAGAGAACUCAGAAGAUCACAACUUAGACAGCGUACUUGCCGCCGCAAUCAGCGACACAGCAGCUUUGAAACAGGAGCCCGCCGGGGUUGACGGCACCCAGAAUCCAGUUUCUCCCCUUACCAGAGGUGAAAAGUAUUCAGGCACCGCGCCAGAGAUCCCAACAACAUUUGACGAUGAUGAGGAGGACUUUUGA